AACGCGCGCAAGCGUCCUUUCGUCACGCAAAUUAACAAAUCAACAUUACGUCCUAAAAACAGCCUACAGCUCAAUAAAAUUGAUCGUAACAAUAGUGUAAACGUUUGCUAAAUCAAAUAAUGUUAAGUUAAUUAAAGGGCACGAGAUAAUUAUCAGACCGUGACACGAGCCACCUCAUAUGAACUUUGGUUCAAUUGGUGAAAGUCCGCGCAUGCUCAAUGCAAUUUCGUGGUGUUUUAUCAACAUAACAAUUUCACAGCUCGUCUCAGUGACGCAGGGAGUUUCAUCCGCCGCCGGUUUUCCGGCUGGCACUAAAAUGCAUCCACUUUUAAUUUCCCUAGAAUUAAACCCUACCAUUAGAUAAAGAACUAUAAAUUAAAAUUCAAAUGACCUUUAAAGUUCUAUGUCAAUUGUUGUUUAGUGAUUAAGGAUAAUUAUGUAGAGGAAAUUGUUUUAGGUAAAUCUGUUAGCAGGUAGUAAAUAUAAACAUAAUGCCGGACUGGUGGUGGCUGGUAAUGGCGGCGCUGUUUGGAGCGGUAUCGGCGCUCGCCGUGCCGAUAGCAUUGUUCCUGUACUUUAUCCGGCCCUUCGAGAAGAAACCUCCCAUGGAGGAAGAUUUUAGCAUACCUAUUACUUUACCGCCCGAGAUCCUAAACGAAUUAACGCGCGGUGCGGGCAGUACUCCCGAAGGAGCUCUCAACGCAAUGCUCCAAUUCAUAUUCCAGCAGAGUACAGCGGAUACACGAUGGUUGCGAAGACGUAUGGCCAAUGAACUGGCUGAAUUACUAGCCAAAACUUCUUCUGGAAAGAUCUUCGAAUCGCUGACGUUGCGGUCAUUAGAAGUAGGUACAGAAUUUCCCAGCAUUUCCAACCUUCGUCUUGUAAGUGGCGAGCUUGAAGAAGACGGAGCUAGGCUGCGUUCCUUGGACUUGAGACUGGAUCUAGCAUAUGAUGGAAGUUUUAGAAUCGAAGUGGAUGCGGUUAUGCUUCUUGGAAAGAUAGCUAAUAUCUCUAUCACUGUUGAAAGCAUCAGCGGCAACGUCCGUGUGAUGUUCCGGCGCACUCCAUACACGCACUGGGCGCUCGCGUUCGAGACGCCUCCCAAACUGGAGCUGCGCGUGCGAGGCCGCUUCCAAGGGAGACAGCUCAAGCCGAGACUCGCCGCGCUAGUCGCCGCCCAUAUACGGCGAGCGGUCGCGCAGAGACACACGCUUCCUAAUUACAAAAUACGGUAUAAACCAUUCUUCCCGAAAUCUGAGCCAGGGAGUACAGAAGGUGAGGAUGGACCGACACCUCAUGGACGACUGACUGUGAGGCUGGUGGAAGUGAGCCGAUUGUACUGGUCGGGAAACAAUGGGAUUGUGCGAGCGGCCCUGGCGGUGGAUUCUCAUGCUUGGGUAUCGCUGCGGCGUGGCGUACUAGUACUAGACGUAGUGUUGCCAGCAGUAACAGGACCGCUUGGGCUCGUGUGUUGCCAGGGAGUGGGCGUAGUGUUAGUGGACACAGUGGUGCCAAUGUCACCGGCUUAUAGAGCUGAUUUGCGGCGAGAUGAUGUAGUACUGGCUAUUGAUAAUAAGCCAGUUGCCAAUGUCGCUCAGGUAGGUAAACUGCUCAGAAGUGUAGAAAGGCGUGCAGUAACAGUGCGGGUGAGGCGCGGUGGAGCGGGCGGCACUGCCCGCAGGGACGACGAGCCGAAACGACUGCGGACUAACUUCUCCUUCCGAAGGGUCUCGGAGGUCAUGGAGGGGGUACGACUGCAGGGCAUGCGGUCUGCGGCCUCUAAGAACAACAUACAUGAAACCGACUCCCCAUCGAAAACUAUAGAAGCCCAAAACGAGAAUGAUGUACAAGGGAAACAGAAAAUUGAAAUAGCUCGUCAACUCACUAAAGUCACUGAUCAAAUAGGUCCAACAAACUUUGGCUUACGUAAACGUCGAUGUUCUGUUGAAAAUAAGUCUUCCGAUAGUUCGGCUGGGAGCACCCCUCCCGCAUCUGGCGCCAGCACACCGUUGAGACAAGUGACGACAACGAACAAAACCGUCAAACAUCCAGACAUUCCAAUCAUUAGGACAGAUUCUUCAGAAUGCAGAGUUUCAGAGAAGGAGGUAACUGCAGAAGAAGAUGAACAAGCUUUUGAAACUGGAGGUCCGAGACAGACCGAGCAUGUCGAAAUUUGUCAAAUGUUUUGGACAAAAAGCGUCCAAUUAAAACCAAUCAUUCCCUUCGACGAAGAAACAGAUUUCAAGCUAAAUGAGAAUCAUAAAUAUCUUAACAUCAAUGUUUGGGUCACAGUGCCAGGCGAAAAGGAAGAAGUAUUGUUGGGAUAUCUGAAUAUUCCAUUGGCAGCGUUACUUUCUGAAUGUCAAGACUCUACAGUUCCUCAUCAUAUGAAGCGAUAUCAAUUCUUGCCCCCCGAUGUUGAUAUUAAGUUCAGCAAAAGCCACAAGCUAGCAUCGCACGCGGGCUUCGAGCCGUGCCUGUGCUUCGGCGACGCGCUCGUGUGGUGGGAGUGGGAGGGCGGCGGCGCGGCCCGCAGCGCCCCGCGCGCGCGCGCCCCCGUGCCUCCCCGCGCCGCGCCCGCGCCCGCCGCGCACGACUUCGUGCGCACGCACUUCCACCGCUCCACGCAGUGCGACUUCUGCAACAAGAAGAUCUGGCUAAAGGAUGCAAUGCAAUGUCGGAACUGCGGACUGUGCUGUCACAAGAAAUGUGUUGCCAAGUGUCAAGAAUCCUCUCCAUGUGUGCCGAAACAAGAUAGAGAGCCUUCAACGGGUUCCGGGUGCCAACCACCAGAGCUCAUCAUGACCGAGGCUGAUGUUAUAGAUCCUGACUCUGAUGAUGAUGAAAAAGCCGAAAGAAAAGAUUCCCUUGAUGUUCACGAAGAAGUGGGUGGAGCAAUGAGUGCGCUGGUUGCAGGGCUUCGGCGCGCCGGCUCCGCGCACUCACUGUCCGCGCCCAAAGCCAAUGCCUCUUCGAGAUCGCUCCCACCUUCACCGAGCCACACGCCCAGGAGGCAGUCGCUGGAGGCGGCGAACCCGUUCGGCGGGUGCGGCGCGACGUGGGCGGCGCGGGGCGGGGUGCGCGCGAUGCUGGCGCCAGUGCUGCGGAGCGCACUGCCGCCCGACGCGCUGCUCGCGGCCGCAAGGGACUCCGCGCCCGACCUGGCGGCUAGCCUCUCCGCCUCGCAGAUACACGACAUGUUACAAGCGGUUCGUGAAGAGCUGUCAACGCUAGACGCAAGCGGUGAGGAGGGCGGGGAGGGUCGCGCAUGCGCACUCACCGCGUUGAUGUUGCACUGCUGUGCCGCUGCCCAACUCGCACAACAACGAGCUGCAGACUCUCUUACUUCUUAAACUGACCAAUCCACACGAUCUUGCAUGCACACAAUCCUGAAGCAUGAAAGUAAUGGUGUCCCCGCAACAAACGUGUAGCUCCACCUUUAUAGACUAUGGGUAAAUUGACUUGGUGUUACGAUGCAACUCUUUGCUUGUCGCUAUGAUGACCCUUGUUUCGUGAGAGCGGGAAAUUAUUUUGUACAGAUAAGAUAGACUCUGGCCUGCUCUUAAUAUGAUACCAUUAAAAUGCAUUGUUCAUUGUGA